ACUUACUUAAAUUCUUAAUCAGUGACCACGACAUCGUCGCUGAUCAGUUCAACGAUGAGCAAGCUUAACGCAGGCGCAUUCGAGUUCGUUCCAGGUCGCGCAUUCGUGCUACCUCAGAAAAGUCAAACACCUCCUUCAAAACCUCCCCUCGAGCGCCCUCUCCAAACUGAAGCUCCACCUCCAGCUCCUACCAUCACCCUAAACAUCGGCGGAUCAAACCCUCCUCCUGCUCCUAAACCUGCCACUGUCCCUGCCCCUACCCCUACCCCUACCCCCGCCACUGCCCCUGCCCCUGCCACUGCUACUGCUCCACAGUCAAAACCUGCUUUGCUACCGUCUGUAUCUGCGAGCACCGCACCAUCACAAUCUUGUUCUCCUGCGCCACCUACUAACAAGGUCUUUUCCACUGAACGAGCCAAGACAGACACUACAUCUAUUGCAAAGGAAGUUCAGGCUGUCGCAGACCAGGAAGUCCUUAAGGAUCUUUUCGGCGAUGUCAAAGAACAUCUUAACAUCGUCUUCAUCGGCCAUGUAGAUGCUGGCAAAUCAACUCUCGGCGGGAACCUCCUAUAUAUCUGUGGUGGCGUUGACAAACGCACCAUGGAGAAAUACGAGAAGGAGGCAAAGGAAGCUGGCCGUGAAACGUGGUACCUUUCCUGGGCUCUCGAUAGUACGCCUCAGGAGCGCUCAAAAGGGAAAACCGUCGAAGUCGGUAGAGCCUACUUCGAGACAUCUUUUCGAAGAUAUACCAUUCUAGAUGCUCCAGGCCACAAGACUUAUGUUCCGAGCAUGAUUAGCGGUGCCGCUCAAGCAGACGUCGCAAUCCUUGUCAUCUCCGCACGGAAAGGCGAAUUCGAAACUGGUUUCGAAAGAGGUGGUCAGACCCGCGAACACGUCAUGCUCGUUAAAACCGCCGGCGUCAGCAAAGUCGUCAUCGUCAUCAACAAGAUGGAUGAUCCGACUGUUAACUGGGACAAAGGCAGAUACACUGAGAUCAAGGACAAGUUGACCCCAUUCGUAAAGUCUGCUGGCUUCAAUCCAAAGACGGAUGUCACCUUCAUACCUGUGUCUGGAUAUACGGGUCAGAAUCUAAAGGAUCGCGUAGCAAAGUCUAUCUGCUCAUGGAAUGAUGGCCCCUCCUUCCUUGAACAUAUGGACAACAUGCCCAUGGUUGACCGCAAGGUCAAUGCUCCUCUCAUGAUGCCCAUCUCCGAAAAGUAUAAAGACAUGGGUGCCAUCAUCGUCGGCAAGAUCGAAUCUGGGCACAUUCGCAAGGGGGACUCUCUAACCCUCAUGCCGAACAAAUCUGCUGUCGAAGUCGCUGCCAUUUACAAUGAGAUGGAAGAAGAGGUACCCAGUGCGAUCUGUGGUGACAACGUGCGCGUGAGACUGAGGGGCGUGGAGGACGAGGAUAUCAGUCCUGGAUUCGUCCUCACAAGCCCGAAGUCUCCUGUGAGAGCGGUGAGGCGAUUCGAGGCGCAGCUCGCAAUUUUGGAACACAAGAAUAUCAUUUGUGCGGGAUACUCGGCUGUCAUGCAUGUGCACACACUUUCCGAGGAGGUUACGCUGCCUGCUCUACUACACUACUUUGACAAAGCCACCGGACGCAAGUCGAAGAAGCCGCCCCAAUUUGCAAAGAGGGGCCAAAAAAUUGUUGCGCUUAUAGAAACAACUCUCCCCAUCUGUGUCGAGCGCUUCGUCGAUUACCCUCAACUUGGUCGCUUCACGCUGCGUGACGAGGGCAGAACAAUUGCUAUUGGAAAGAUCACAAAACUUCAUGAUGAUCGCGUCGAUGAGAUCACAGAGGGCGUGGCACACGUGUCGGUUGCCGCGUAAGGUGCUUGCGUGUACUUGCAUCAUACUUACACAUUGAGGGGGGUACGAUACCAAGAAGGAAAUCAGAAGCCUGGCAGUCUAACGGUUGCAGUCUGCCAGUAGUUGUAAUAGAACUAUGCUGUAGACAUGUCUGUUGUGCUUUAAAUGCUUUCAUUUAUUAUGUACUAUCAUGUAGUUGUGUGCAAGUUUAUUGUUCUGUUACGUCCA